GCCUCUUUCGGGCGCGGACAGGAAAAAAAGUGUUGGUUGAGGCCCUUCGCCGCACCUCUUCCGCCUCGACUGUGCCUCUGACGCUUGGGGACGCAUGCUCAUCGGUGAGCCGUCGAGGUGAUCCCCUCGCCAUCAUCAGCGACUGCUAGACAUGGCCAGCAAAGCGAGCGUGGGGACCGCCUUGCAUGGCAGCCAGAGCCCCGGAGGAGGGACAAAGCCGACGACGCAGACCAAGAACGUCGUCCUGACCGAGGCCGGGAGGGCCCCGUGGUACGAUGCAAAUGGCCGGCCACUGGACGCAUACAUCGUCGGCGUCGCGGGCGGGAGCGCAUCGGGAAAGACCUCGGUAGCCAAGGCGAUCCUCCGGAGCCUGCCCAAUGUGCCCUGGGUCGCCAUCGUCUCGCAGGACUCCUUCUACAAGACGCUCACGCGGGAGCAGAGCAAGAUGGCCUUUGAGAACAACUACGACUUUGACCACCCGAACGCAUUCGACUAUGACAUCUUCCACCAGUGUGUCUCCGACCUCAAGCAGUCGCGGGCCGUCGAGAUUCCCGUGUACAGCUUCGUCGAGCACCAGCGGACCGCGGACAAGACCUACCUCUAUGGCGCCGUCGUCGUCAUCGUCGAGGGCAUCUUUGUCCUGCACAACCCGGCCCUGCGCUCGCUUCUCGAUCUCAAGAUCUUUGUCCAGGCCGAUUCGGACCUGAUGCUCGCUCGGCGCAUCCGGCGCGACAUUGUCGAGCGAGGCCGCGACGUGGCCGGCAUCCUGGACCAGUACCUUCGCUUCGUCAAGCCGAGCAUGGACAACUUUGUCAGCCAGACGUCCAAGUUUGCUGACAUCAUCGUGCCCGGCCAGAACAACGACGUAGCCAUCGAUGUCAUCUCGCAACAGAUCAAGAAUCAGCUCGAGAGCCGCGCCAUGAAGCUUCGCCACGAGCUCAGCAGGACGCCUGCGACGCCGAGACGGGAGCUCUUGGUGUCUCCGCUCGCCGCUCCAGGUGGCUCUCUGUCCAUGUCUCGAGCGGGUAGCCGUGCUGGCGAGACGCUCGGUGCGCUCCGAAGGCCUGACCUGGAGAGGUGGACCUCAUACUCGUCCAACUCCUCUUCGUCAUCGUCGGGCGCGGGGCCUGCCAUGCUUGCCCUCGCCGAAGCAAGCCAAGAUGCUGCCCAUCCCCUCGAAGAGGAGCUCCCGUCUAGUGUCUGUGUGCUCCCCCAGACGCCUCAGCUUCGCGGCUUGCUUACGAUCAUGCACGACCUUACCGUCACGGGCGCCGACUUCAUCUUCACCGUCGACCGGCUCUCGACGCUUGUCAUGGAGGCGGCUAUGGCUUUCCUGCCUUACAAGGACAAGGAGAUCACGCUCAAGGGCGGACGAAAGCACAUGGGCACAGAGAUGGACGUCCAACACAUUUGCUCCGUCUCGAUUCUUCGUUCGGGCUCGGUCCUGGAGGCGUCUGCCCGGCGCGCCAUUCCGGCCCUCGCUCGGGGCUCGGUCCUGAUCCAGUCGAGCGACGACGACGGCGAGCCAAAGCUAUACAACGUCAGCCUGCCCUCGUUUGUCCGCAAUCGGCAGCGCGCGGCCAACACGUGGGCGAUCAUCCUCGACUCCCAGAUCGGGACCGGCGCCGCGGCACUGAUGGCGAUCCGUGUGCUGCUGGACCACGGCGUGCAGGAGCACCACAUUGUCUUUUGCUGCCUCCUCGUCUCGGCAAAGGGCGGUGUCCACGCACUCCAUCGCGCCUUUCCAAAGGUUCACGUCGUCACUGCAGGCGUCGAUGCGGAGCUCAAACGGAGGCGUGUCAGGGUAGAUGAUGGAAACGCCGUCGCGUGGCGAGGCGGGAGCGAGGCCAGCACCAUUGGCACGAUCGGAGGACAAGGCAGAGCAAGAAGGGGCGGGAAAGGGAGAGGCUUUUCAUCUUCUGGCAUCUCUGACGACGACGAGGAGGAAGACGACGGUCAUCCAGACGACUCGCUGGAGCACGACGACGGGCGGUACGAACAGGCCGGGAGAAUUACAAGGCUCAACGGGCCCGGAAAGAGCGAAGGAGCGGCGAGGCGGAGGACGAGAAUUUGCUUUGCCAUCGAGCCAGGUGCAGGCAACAUUGGCGAUCGCUACUAUGGCACAAAGGUGCGGCCGAGGGUCAUGUCGACGCAGAUCUCUCCACAGGUCUCGAGAAAGGACCUCAAUGUGAAAUGACACCGACACCUAAGCUUGCCGCAUUCACUCCAAUUCCUCUGCCAUGACUCAUAGAACACAACCAUCAUUACAAUUGUUUAGCAUCUCAAAUUGGUUCGCAACUAUCAUUGAAGUAGC